GCGUGGUUUUAUGUCACGUGUGUGCACCGCUCGUCUGAGUCGGAAGAACGGAGUAGUUACAGCUCGUGAGGUUUACAACAACGGAGGUCACGUGGUAUAGACCUUGUGGCACCUUGUAUGUGCGCUUGUGCAAAGGUGUACAGCCCAAUCAAAGAGGACUAAAGAGGCGCUCGAGGCGCUAAUGUCUCGAAGUGCUUGCGUGCGUAAGCCGUUCAAUGCGCUAGGGCAUUUCCUCUUUGGCAACGCUCUCUUUCUUCGUUCGAUUCUGCACCACUUUCUAUCUGUCGGCAGCUGAGCUACUGAGGUACGGGAACCUGAAGUAUUUCCGACGCAAGGAUUUCCGAUUCCUCAACACAGUAUCAACGUAAUCAUCCCAGUGUACAACGCGGGAUCAGACAGGCUUCCAGCGACAACUAUAGCUGUGACUCACGCUUUGCACUGACAGUUGACCAUGCUAGACGGCAGUGCUGCAAUCAACCCCAAUGGCUCCUGGCUCAACAGUCGUGGCAUCUGGCUUACCUACUGCCUGGGCAUUCUCUUGCUGCAUUUGCUGAUACUCAGCUUUCCUUUCCUAAGCGUUGCCUGGGCCUGGAGCCUAACGAAUCUUGCACACAAUGUGGCAAUGUUCUUCUUCCUUCAUACGCUUAAAGGCGUUCCCUGGGAGUCAGCAGACCAGGGCAAGUCACGGUACUUGACGCAGUGGGAGCAGAUUGACGAUGAAAUGCAGUUUACAGACAAGAAGUUCCUCACUGUGGUUCCCGUUUUUCUAUUCUUCCUUACAAGCUUCUACACCAAGUAUGACUCCGUCCACUUUGCCAUCAACUUUUGUUCCCUGAUGUUUGUGCUAAUUCCCAAGUUGCCCCAGUUCCACAAGGUUCGACUGUUUGGGAUCAACAAGUAUUGAAACCCAACCAGAGAGCAGAGAUUGGGUCAUGUUUCAGUCGUGAAGACAUGUCCAACAUCUUGCUUCGACGUUUUGUCUUUCUUCUUUAUUGUUAACAUUACCAAGGCAGCCUUGUCCUGCUUACUACUUCUGUAAUAGAAAGCCAUAGCUGUGACUAAAGCUGCCACAGAAUCAAUGCAAUUAUGUUCAUAUUAUGCUUAGGAUGUUGUCGUUACUGUUUUGUAAUGAAACAAAAUAAGUCAUAUUCAUAGAUAAUUAUUAUUUUACGAUAAGGAGCAGUUGCUAUUUUUUUGCAAUAGCGAAAUUUGCUCGCUCUUGUCAAUGAUGUUUUAGCACUGUUUUUGUGCAGUUGUUUUGGUGCAUGACAGAAUCAAUUACCGAUGUAAUUGACAAAGCAUAACUCCUUUGUAUAAUAGGAGUGCUCUAGUAUAUGUGAUACGAAGUGCCUUCCUUAUUUAAUAAACUCUGUCAUCACACAGUUUGUAGUGAGAGCCUUUCUUUUUAUGGAUGACACUAGGCAGCGAAAGGAUGUACUCAGACCAUGAUUGUACUUAUACCAGUGACUCAGACACAGCUUGUACUAUUUGCUCUUAGUGCAGGCCAGUGUGCAACUCAGUGAUGCCUGUAUACAGCUUUAGAUUAACAUUUUCCACUUUACGUACAUUAAGCACAAGCACCUCUGCGUGACGUUACAGUUUGCGUCAGUCGUUCGAAGUAUUGUUUAACAUACAAAAAAUACGGGAUAAAGACUUUGUUGAUAAACAGGGCCUUACCCAUUGCCUUGUGCCAGAUAUGUCUAAGCCUCAAUAUUAAUGAGAUCUAAAGGAGCACUCACAUCACGUUUACUCAUGUCAAGAUUUUUUGCGUCAACGAGUAGCUAUCGACCCCCUAGUAGCGAUUUGUGACCUAAAAUGCAACUAAGGGUUUAUUAACUAUCACUUUUAUUGAUUGAUAUCACUGGCAUCUAGCACGAUUCAAAACAGCCGGCGAGCCCACCAUUUUCAGUGUUGGGAGCACUUCCUCGCGGUCAGCUCCAGAUCACUCCACAGCUGACCACUUCUCCACAGAAAUGAGUGACGUGAGGCUCAGCUGCUUCGCAAGCAUUUAGUCUGCUAGGCGCACACAUUCAGUCAUGUCUUGUCACCUGCAGUGCCGUCAUUGCCGUACAAAGUGUUGACUAAGGUUGAAUGAAACAGUCUGAAGCUUGGAAUUGCCGCAAUCCGCGAGAUCGCGAAUAAUUUUCGCUUCGAUCGAUCCUUUGUAGGACAGCGAUUCUGAAAUUGACGCCAUUCCAAGCAGCAAUGAGGAGGUGCUCGAGGAGGCAUGUCUCGGACAUGCUCGCUUGUGUGUCUCAAUUAGCUAUAUUCGGGUGCUUUGGUGUGCACAGCAUGCAACGCACCAGCGGAGAAAUAGAAUACGCUCUCUAUUGCAAAGUUCUUUGCGCCUCCAGAUGGCCCCACCUAUCCGGCUUCUCACGGUUGCGGUGGCACUAAUCCGGUAUUACAUGCACACAAAAAAGUACAUGGGCGAACUAAAAUUCACUUUUGGCGAUACCUGCAUGUUACUUGUUAGUGAUGAUAUCCGUCUAUACACUACUCUACUUUUAUAGCUUGUGGUCGUGUUGGCUGUAACAGACGUGUAAUGAAAAGACACCGUUGUGCUUUUUCCGCGCUUCCAACCGGACAACUGCAACUCUCAAUGGUUCCUCAACAUGGUGACUGGCAAGCACACGUUGAAUCUCUUUUCUUUUGCCGUUCUUUUAUAGGUGCUUGCGUCUUGUAAUGUCACGAAAUCAUUCAAAGCAGUGUGACAAAGAUUAGACAUCAAGAGUGAGUGCGUUUCCAGGCUUCGGUGCCACGAUAAGAACACUGGAAUCGUAGACGUCAUCACAGCUAGCGCACUGUCACUCAGCAUGGUAUGUGUGGAAUGUAUCGCACUAAACACUUAGAACUAGUGUCGAUGUCGCAGGGCAUUCCAUUUUCCAUUGAGCUUUCGUACGCUGUUUGCCGUCGAAAUAUAAUGACUUCCAUGUCGCGUACGCGGUUUGAAUUUGGCCAAAAGGACCUACGCAUACCGAGCGAUCGAAUGAAGGGCACAUCUCGAUUCUCAAAUUUGGUGUCUGUGCUUCUUUAAGAAGUGUACCAGUUGGGGAUGUAUUCUGAAGUGACAGUCAUAGGUGCUGAAGACACUAUAUUUUAGUGUGAAUUACAUACAUUAAGCUAUCUAUAUAUCUCCGAAGCUGUCUGAUAAUAAUUUGUAAUGGUAUUCUCCUCUGUACUGUUCAGGUGCAUCUUGAAAGGGCCCUAAGCAACAAGUUGACGAAAAUGAAACUCGUGUUAUCCUCUCCCCUUCCCCCCUUUUUUGUCACUUGUGCUGUCGCAAAGUUCUUCUAUAUCUUUUUUUUCUUUAGUUUAAAAGAUAGCUAUUGAUGCAAUGACCAAGCCAUUGCACUUCGUCUGCUAUGCGAAGCAGGGCUAUAUUCCUUUAUAAAUUGGAAGUUCAAGCACUACAGGCAAAUGUGCAGCUGGUUGAUGAGGCAAAACUAGCACAAAUCAGUUGCAUGUGUCCAAAUUAAGUUGCCCCAUUGAGUUAUCCAAGAGCACACAUUAUCGAAAGCCACUUUGUCAUAUCCAGCGCAAGCAUUUCAGUCUUUCCUACCUGUUAUGUACAUUAUGCCAUGCACAGUUUGUGCACAAAUGUCUUGCCAAACAGUGUUUGCUCAUCUGUAUUGUGACCAGUGCAAAUAAAUUCGACUUCGUAAUGUUCUUUUACAAUCCA